CACAUGCUGUUUCUGACAGGUUUUUUAAAACAAAAUGUUUGAGAGAUUUCGCUUACCAAUCACAUUAUAAUACAGCAUCCUAAAACUUAUAGAUCCAUAAAUAUACAUUUUCAAUGGAUUCCAAAAGUGAAGAAGUCAAUGAUGAAGAUCGCAUUGAAUUACCACCAGACACUAUAGCAAUUUUAAACGAAUUCUUGUACAAGAAACAUAUGCAAGAUUCCAUGGAAUCAGAGGAAAAAGAAUUCGAAGAAGACUGGCAAUUAUCACAGUUCUGGUACGACAAAAAUACUGUAUGUUCACUAUCAAAAGUAUGUUUGAAGUUGAUUAUUGAACGUCACCAAUAUCAGAAACCAUCACAAAUUGCUAUUGCAUUACUUUGCUGCCCAUCACUUUAUAAAUCUGUUAAAGCCAUUCAUCCCAAUGGAAUUGUACGACUCCUCGAAUUCGACACAAGAUUUUCUGCAUUUGGUAACGAUUUCGAAUAUUAUGACUACAAGGACGUGAAAACAAACGAAAUUCUUCAAAAUAAUUAUGGGAAUUUUUUUGAUAUUUUAAUUAUCGAUCCUCCAUUCAUAUCGAAGGAAUGUAUUGAGCAUGUCUCUACUUUAAUACACGUAAUUAAAAAAGAAAAUUCAAAAAUUAUCAUGUGUUCUGGACAAAAAGCAGCAGAUUGGAUAAAAAAUUAUUUAUUGCUAAAUAUACAGGCAUUUCAGCCAGGUCAUCAAAGAAAUUUGGCCAAUGAGUUUAGCUGUUACGCAAACUUUGAUUUUGACAAUUUAUUAUAAUGUGUGUAAUUUUUAUUACGAAUAAAUAUUGUUUUACAUAA